AUGCCGUCCGGAACUCCCAGCAGCUCCCGCCGCUCACGCCCUACGCUCCGCCAGGCAACAUUUGUCCUCCCAAAGACCGGACAGCGCCUAAAAGGUCUGAUCAACCUCCGCGACGCGGCGCCCGAUGCCAACGACAAUCAACACGAUGAACGGCGCGGCCUUCUCACAAAUGAAAUCUCAAGUCACUAUGAGGGGUAUCUCACACUACUCUCACGCCGGUUACAAAAUGCAGGGGCUCAGGCGAGUGAGUUCAUCAGGUCUGAAUCAGGUAUUGGGGUCUUGAAGUAUAGUCUCGCGUAUUUCAUCGGAUCUCUUGCAACAUUCAUCCCUGUGAUUUCGGCGAUGCUGGGCCAUCAAGAUGGAAAACAUAUGGUGGCCACAGUCACAGUUUAUUUCCACCCUGCCAGGUCCCAGGGCGGGAUGGUCAAGGCUUUAAUCUGCGCGUUCCUGGCAUUCUGCUAUUCGGCGUUCUUGACAAUCACUAGCAUGUUCGUCGAAAUGUUCUUCCAAGAUACUCUGGAACUACCCGUCCUUGGCCAUGCGGUGGUUCUUAUUGUCUUUUGUGGAGGUGGACUGGGCUUUGUUGGUUGGACUAAGCAACGAUUGGGAGAUCCUCUGGUCAAUGUUGCUUGUUCACUAACUGCUUUGUCCACAAUCACCGUCCUGACCAAGGAGGGUGCCGUGCAAAGUGGCGAUUUAUCACUGGCCAAAAUCUUCCAAGUCUUGAAGAUGGUUCUGAUGGGUGUAAUGGCUGUCAUGGCUGUAUCUUUUUCCAUAUUCCCUAUAUCGGCGCGAAAACAAUUGCGAUCGAACCUUGUCACAGUCACUGACACAUUGGCUACCAUGAUGGCAAUUAUUACAGACAGCUUCAUUAAGGGCUCGGAGGAAGAGCUUGUUUCGGCCGAAUUUCUUGACGCAGAGACAAAGCACCGGAAGGCCUACAGCCAACUCGAUAAACUCGUCCGAGAAGCUAAACUUGAGCACUAUGUGGCUGGCACUGAAAAAGAGUAUAGGCUCGAGAAAAAGCUUGUCCGCUGGGUGCAAGACAUCACACAUAACAUGGGAGGACUGCGCAAUGCAGCUUCUCUCCAGUUCGGUUUAAUUCGAGAGACCAUUGCCCGUGAAUCUGGAACAUUGGAAGAAGGGCAAUGCACUUCGACCCAUGUAGACUAUUUCACACCACUCGAACGAUCGUGGUCGUUCCCUGAUGGGUCAUAUCUAGAGCCUAUUGUUGAGCGACCAGAAGAGGAAUUAUCUCCAGUGGGCUCUACACGUUCUCAUAAAAACGGAAGUGCUGAAUCGACACCAAAGGCUGCACUUCUUCCCGCGGAUGUAUUUGAUAUUUUCAUCGCCGCUCUAGGUCCAGAAAUGCGUUCAUUGGCCUUCACACUGAAAGAGAUCUUCAAAGAGAUCCCAUUUGGGCCUGCUCCAAACUAUAAAGUCUCGGUGAACGGCCGGUUGAGGAUUAGUCUCGACCGGGCUCUUGAUCUUUACAAAGAAAAGCGCGAGGAUACCCUCGCAUCUUUAUACCAGCAUAAGGAGAACAUGAGGCCCAAGACUCAUGAGGCUGAGGCCGAUGUUGAAGAGGUUUCAGCUAGCUGCGGCCAUUUCAGCUUUUCCCUCCUUGAAUUCGGAGAGCAGCUACAACAGAUGUUGGCCAUUUUGGAUGAGCUGCAGCUUGAGGUUGAAGAGCGUCCUCAUGGGCGAUCUUGGUCGUGGCUCAAAUUUUGGCAGUGGUCGGCGACUGCAGAGGCUGCUAAAGCAGAACCAUUUGAUGCAGAGCCAGCUUCCAGACUAACCGGGGCGCCUGCUAGCGACCAGAACCACCAUGGACAUGCUAGACAUGCAUCGGAUGGCUUGAUUGCACAUGACAGUGUGCCCAUCACUGCACAAAACCUCAGAAGCACACCCAAAAGAGAAACAGCGAGGGAAAGACUCGGCUAUCGGAUUUGGAAAUGCCUCGGGUUCUUUCGACGAGAUGAUACGAGAUAUGCCAUCAAGGUUGGAGCAGGAGCUGCAAUAUAUGCCUUGCCUGCUUUUCUCCCAUCUACACGUCCUUUCUAUGGGCGCUGGCGAGGUGAAUGGGGUCUUUUGUCAUACAUGCUGGUUUGUUCAAUGACAAUCGGUGCCUCAAACACCACAGGAUAUGCUCGUUUCCUCGGUACUUGCCUGGGUGCAGUUUGCGCUAUAGUAGCAUGGCACAUCACAGCGGCGAAUGUGUUUGGCCUUGCAUUCCUAGGAUGGUUGAUGGCCAUUUGGACUGGAUACAUUACCAUUGUUCGAGGUAACGGACCCAUGGGUCGUUUUAUCAUGCUCACCUACAAUCUCUCAGUGUUAUACGCCUAUUCUCUCUCGCAGAAGGAGGCAAACUUCGACGAGGAUGAGGGAGGUACUCAUCCAAUCAUGAGUGAAAUUGCACUUCACCGCGUUGUUGCCGUGCUGUCUGGGUGUGUUUGGGGCGUCAUCAUCACCCGAUUGAUCUGGCCCAUCAGCGCGAGACGUAGGCUUAAAGACAGCUUAAGUCUUCUCUGGCUGCACCUGAGCCUCGUUUGGAAGCGUGACCCUCUAUCGAUAAUGGCCCAGGAGAAAAGAUCUGUCGUAUACAUGACCCCACGGGAAAAGCUCGAGAUUGAAAGAUUUCUUUCUCGGUUGGAGUCUCUUCAGGCCGCAGCAAGCUCCGAAUUCGAAUUGAAGAGUGCAUUUCCUGUAGCUUCAUACGCAAACAUUAUUCGCCGUACACGCAGCAUGGUGAACUCUUUUCAUACCAUGAACAUUGAGCUGAUGAAGAACGACCCUGCCACCGAAGGUGAAAUCAGCCUUCUCCAAUAUACAGCAUUGGAACGCCAGCAGCUGUCUGCUCGCGUCAGCCAUCUACUAUCAGUCAUUGCCUCUUCCAUGAAGCUAGAAUACCCCUUGAGUGAUGUGCUCCCCAGCAUCGAGCAUGCGAGAGACCGAUUGCUUGCUCGCAUCUAUCGCUAUCGUUUAGAUCGCGAAGAAUCUCAACAGACCACAGAUGAAGACUGUGCUCUUCUCUAUGCCUACGUUUUGGUAACUGGCCAACUUUCAAAUGAGGUCACGGAAAUCAUUGCAGAGAUUGGACAGCUCUUUGGGGUAUUGAGUGAAGAUGUAGUACAGCUAGCUUAA